UUUCCUUAGAAUCCAUUAAAAAAAACAGUGUUGAGAAGACAAACGGACACCUUUUCUUCAAAAUGUUCCCCGUCGUUUUUAUUCUGUGUUUUGUUACUUUCAGCUCCGUAAACGGCGGCUCUCCUGACGUUUCCCUGUUUGCAUCAGAAGCUAAAGAAAAGGCAAACGUUGUUCUGACGUGCCUCGCCACUGGCUUUUACCCCAAAGACAUCACUAUGAACAUCAGAAGGGAUGGCCGCAUUCUCACUAAAGAUGACGGCGUGGUGACCUCUGGAGUUCAACCAAAUGAAAACAACACCCAUCAGAGGAGAGACCAUGUGGAGAUUCCCAGGGCUGACGUCGCCACAUACACCUGUGAAAUCAUCCAUCCUGGUUCCAACAUGCAUGUUGAGAAGCCAUGGGAGAAGCAUUCUCUGACGUACAUCUACACGGCCUUCUCCCAUCCUGUGAAGCUCCCAGGCAUCCAUGAAUUUACUGCUAUGGGUCUGCUGGACAACAGAAUGAUCGACUACUAUGACAGCUCUGUGCAAAAGAAAAUUCCCAAACAGGACUGGAUGAAGGAGCGACUCCAACAGGAAUACUGGGAAAAAGGCACGCAGUCCCGGCAGAGCAAGCAGCAGUGGUUCAAGGUUAACAUUGACAUCCUGAUCAACCGAAUGAGACAAACGUCUAAUGACACUCAUGUUCUUCAGUGGAUGCAUGGAUGUGAAGGUGUAGAAGAUGGACAUGGCAACCUCCAGUUUAUGAGUGGUGUGGACAUGUACAACUAUGAUGGAGAUGACUUCCUGGCUUUUGAUGAUGAACAUCAAAUUUGGGUGGCUACAUUGGAUGCAGCAGUCCCUACCAAGAGGAAGUGGGAUGAAGUCACAGCUCUGAAAGACUACACCAAGGGAUACCUGGAGAAGGAGUGCAUGGAAUGGAUGAAUACCUUUCUGAGUUAUUCAAAGCAGCAGCUCAAAAGUGCCUCUUCACCUGACGUUUUCCUGUUUGCAUCAGAAGCUAAAGAAAAGGCAAACGUUGUUCUGACGUGCCUCGCCACUGGCUUUUACCCCAAAGACAUCACUAUGAACAUCAGAAGGGAUGGCCGCAUUCUCACUAAAGAUGACGGCGUGGUGAGCUCUGGUGUUCGACCAAAUCAAGACGACACCCAUCAGAGGAGAGACCAUGUGGAGAUUCUCAGGACUGAUGUCGCCUCUUACACCUGUGAAAUCAUCCAUCCUGGUUCCAACAUGCAUGUUGAGAAGCCAUGGGAUCAUCGUCUUCCAACUGAAGAAAAUUUCCCCAUUGCUCCCACUGCUGCCAUUGCUGUUAUUUUGGUCCUGAUUGGCAUAAUUCUGUUUGUGUUGUAUAAAAGAGGAAUUAUAGGUAGAAGAAGCCAGGCUGAUCCUGUCUCUGUCGAAACGAAUGGGGAGAAGUUGCAUUUCAUUGGUGGUGGUGAUGCAGGCUCCUCCUCUUCCUCCUCCUCCUCUGGUUCCAAUGAGUCAAUCAGCAAAGACUCUGCUGUUGGAAGGGAUGACGAGGGCGAGCCUCUCAUUGGUGUUCACAUUUCUGAAGAUGGGAAACAAAUGGAAAGAAAAAGUUCCAAUGAGUCAAUCAGCAAAGACUCUGCUGUUGGUGGUGAUGCUGGGCCCUCCUCCUCCUCCUCCUCCUCCUCCUCCUCUGGUUCCAAUGAGUCAAUCAGCAAAGACUCUGCUGUUGGUGGUGACUCUGGCUCCAAUUCUGCUUGAGUCAACUGUGAAUACGUUUCCUGAAGCAAAUGCACCGAAAAACAGGAUAGAAAACCGAAAAAAGAUGCAACACUACUUUGAAGCUUUGUGUCCUUUUAGUCUGUUUGUUGAUGCAAACAUUGGUCUAUAGUCAGUCAUUUGCAAUGUUUUAUGUUUUGAUAACAUUAAAAACAAUUUGUUUUAUUUUGGUGACAUUAACAAAAUAUAUAUAUUUUAGCACUUUUUUUACUUUUAGAUUUCUAUCAGAAUAUUUAAGUCAACCAUGUUAGUCUAAAAACUCUUGGAUAUUAACAUUGUAAUAUUUGAACAAACAAAAAAAUGCCCCAAAAACAAAUUGAAUCUAAAACCUUUUCAAAAGCAUCUAGUUACAGCCUUUUGCCAAAUUUUGCACAAUGGGUAUCUACGAGAAAAGGAAAAAAACAGCUUCAGGUCAAACUUUCCUUUUCUGACAGUGACCUGCCCUGUAAAAUGGGUUUUAAGCUUUUAUUUUUUGUUAUUAUCAACAUUUUACUUUUAAACUGUACUUUUUCUAUGAGGUGUAAAUAUCUGCAGUCUCUCAAUCUUUUUAUGCUAUUGUUUGCUCUUCUGUAUAUUUUGUUUGUAUCAAUCAACUUGAUCACACAUUUGUGUAACUCUGAAAACUGGAAUGAAUAAAGAUUCAUGACAUUCUAUUCA